GAACUAUGGUGUGCCAUUGCACUUAAUUCGAGAACUCUAUGAGACCUUCCGCAACUUCAAGGUCCGAGUUUCUGAUUAUAUGCGUUAUCGCAAAAUCACUUCAAAUAUGAAUGACCGUUUCCCAGAUGCAACACCUGAAGAGCUGACUGCAAGUGACGCAACAUGCAUCAUUUGUCGUGAGGAGAUGGUGACAGCAAAAAAGCUCCUUUGUGGACACCUUUUUCAUGUGCAUUGCCUCCGGUCAUGGUUAGAGCGGCAACAUACUUGCCCUACAUGCAGAGCACUUGUGGUUCCUCCUGAAAAUGGGACAACUGCAUCUGGAGGGCAACAUGGAGUCAGGUCUGAGGUUCAUCAGCAAGGAAUGGGUGCUGCAAGUACUUCUGCUCAGGGCUCAGAAGGUGGUGCAACUAAUGAUAAUUUAAAGCAGCAUCAAACCAGACUCCAAGCUGCUGCUGCUGCUGCUGCAGUAUAUGAAAAAUCUUUUGUUUAUCCUUCUGCAAAUACAUUCGUAUGGUCCCCAGGAUAUGCUGUACUUCCUCAGAUGCAUAUCCCUUCAGCAGACUCGUCUAGUAUGGAUUCAACUGGAGAAAGAGCUCCUUUUGGACAUACACAGCAGGACCAAUUUGCAAUCCCGGGUAGUGUUCCUAACUAUGCUUUCAUGCCUUUCCAAGCACCUGGUGCCAAUCCCCCUUCUAGUGAGACAUUGGGCUGCAAUUUAAAUAUGCCAGCUUCAUAUAUGGAAGCUCAGCAGAGAUUUCUCCAGCAUCAGAUUGAGGUCCUACAAAAUCAGCUGAAGUGUCUACAGCAACAGAGACCAGAAGAAUCCAUGAACAUGGGUCCAACUGUAUCAGAUAGCAGAGGCAAGGCUACUGCAUCUUCAUCAUCAGCCAUUUCUGACUGUGGUCAUCAUGGGGAGAUUGAAGAGGCUGAUGAUUAGUGAGAUGUGUUACUUCAUAUUGUUUUAGAGGUGUUGUUACUUCAUACUGUGGUAGAGGAAACCAAUAGGGGGAUGGAAAAAAAAAUGUAUUAACUAACUCUCCCGCACUUUUUUUUUUACUGAUCAGUUUUGCUUGAUAAGCAAUCCGUCUUGAGUUUUAUAUCAACCUUUAUGAUUAUACUCCCAAAGAUUCAGAUUUGCUUGGCUUCCA